UGCCCGAUAGCGGGUGAGCGGCGCAUUCAGCGGGGCCUUCAGGUCCGCCGCGGGCUGCAGAAGGAGGUGGCGGCGGCAGCGUUGCGGUCAGCGGAGAUCUCGGCGCUCGGCUGUUAGGCCCCUUUGGCGGCAUGGGCCUGUUCGUCGGAGGGCUUUAGCCCACUGGUUGGAAGCACUAGAGAAAGGUGGGGCCCCUGCGGGCCCAUUUCCUCCCACAGAGCCGGGUGAUCCAGGUGUGCCGCCGCCUAGUGGUCCAGUUCCAGGGCAGCUUUCGCCUGCGGUUCCACUGCCUCCAUCGCCAGCGGAUUCUGUUCCAGCACUCCCUUCACCAAUGGUUCCCCUGCCCACUCUACCAGUGGACCAGUUCCCUGCGGACCCAGCCACACCGUUGGCACCGGAUUGAUCCAUGGUCCAGCAACACUAGCUGAACGCCACAUGUAGAAUGGAAAUCGACGGGCAGAACAAGAGUACAGAUGCUGAUUUCGUUAUUCUGGGAUUCAGCACCAGUGAAAGUUUGCAGAUUAUAUUUUUUGUUUUAUUCCUUUUCAUGCACCUCAUCACCCUCUCAGGGCACAUGGCCAUUGUGGUUGUAACCUUAGUUGAUCUUGCCCUCUACACUCCCAUGUAUUUCUUCCUGCGCAACCUGUCUUUCAUUGAGGUCUGCUACACUCUGGUCAUUGUGCCCCAAAUGCUGGCCAACUUUUUGGCCAGGAGCAAAAGAGUUUCCUUGAGUGCAUGUGCUGCACAGAUGUAUUUCUUCAUUGCCCUCGGGGGUGCUGAGUGCUUUCUGUUGGCUGUGAUGGCCUAUGACAGAUAUGUGGCCAUAUGCAACCCGCUACGCUACACUGUCAUCAUGAGCAGGAAUGUCUGCAUCCAGCUCCUGGUGGUGGCCUGUGUCAGUGGCUUCACAAUCUCACUGGGACUCACCACGCUGAUUUUUAGUCUGCCCUUCUGUGGCUCACACACAAUCAACCACUUCUUCUGUGACAUUCCACCUGUGCUGUUUCUGGCGUGUAGUGACACGCAUGCUAAUGAGGUGGCCGUGUUCCUUGUUUGCAUGAUGAUCUUGCUCAUUCCAUUCCUGCUGAUUCUUGUUUCCUAUGUAUUCAUUACUAAUUCCAUCCUAAGGAUCAAAUGUACUGAAGGCCGGAAAAAGGCCUUCUCCACUUGUGCUGCUCAUCUGGUCGUGGCAGUUCUUCACUAUGGUUGUGCCAUUUUCAUCUACAUUCGGCCAAAGGCCAGCUACUCCUUGGAUAAUGAUAAGGUGGUCUCUCUGUUCUACACCAAUGUUACACCCAUGUUGUAUCCCAUGAUUUAUAGCCUCAGGAACAAGGAAGUAAAGGGGGCACUAAAGAGAGUAUGGGAAAAGAAAUUUGUUUCCAUGGAAACGUAAGAGUCAAAUGCCUGAGGCCUAGCUUUUAUAUGUGACUGAGAUUUGCCAACUCACCAAGAAAGAAAAUGGCCUGACCACUUGGGGAUGGGGGUGGGGCUGUUACAAUAAAAGUUCGAUGGCAA